AUGCGCCACAUUUUCGUCCUAGGAACGACGUUAGUUUCUGUCGUCUCGGCAACGACAAAUUGCUGGGAAAUUGAUCGUUCAGGAUCAAUUCAGACGGCAGUGAUCGCUGAUAAAGGCUUAGGCUGUGCUGUGGAAGUGACGAUUACUCAUGUAGCAUCUUCGUAUGCGUUGGAAAAGAGCGUCCCACUAUUAUGGGGCGUACAACUUAAGAAGGACUCGUCUAAUUCUAUGCGUGUACCUUUGCCACCUCACGUUAUGACUCCGCUUAGCUUUAACAAUGAUGGUAGAAGUGUGCAAAUUCUUUCUACUUAUAUCAGGACGUGUACUUCCCAAUCGCAAUGCAGUCCAAGUCUCGAUGGAAAUGAGUUAAUUACUCCAGCUCAAUCUGGAAAUUUUUCCAAUUUGGAAGCUACUUACUUCUCUACCUUCGACGAUAUUUCGUUUCCAGAAGAAGGAAAGUAUACUUUAGCUGCUGUCGCUGUACUUGGAAAUGCUGGCGAUAGUAAUAUACUAUAUUACUUUCAGACGUAUGUAGAUAUUGUAGUGAAGGAUGAAGUCGUGACUGAGGAAGAUACCAGUCAAUCGACAUAUUGCUAUGUUGCAGUACAAAAGCCAUUAGAAGCUCAUCUUGAUCGUAACUUGGUGCUUAUGAGCAGUGAUAACUCGGAACUUGAGUUGAAAAUUGACACAAAUAGUGUUGUACAAGCUAACAAGGAAUUUGAUGUCACCUGGAUAGCUACAUUGACACGUGACUCGUCGAAAGAAAUUCAACUACCUUUGCCACUAAAGGCAGUGUAUGUGCCUUCCGACAAUAAUCAAGACUUCAGUGGGUAUUUUACUAUCGUGAGCUCGAUUGUAAAACUGUGCGAACGCGAUAUGGCGUGCGAUGCAUUUUCACAAACAACAACAGUAUCGUCUGCUACUUCUUCGAGUAAUUUUACUUCGGAAAACACUGCAACAUUUACUGCUCGGGACAUUGUUGUACCUUUGUUAGGUUGGUAUCGAGGUUAUGCUCAAGUGACACUUGCGGGAGCUGCAGAAUCACAAAGAUACGACUUUAUAAAAUAUUUUGAAGUCUUUGCUACUGAAAUGAAUAUGAUGACAAUUGACGAGAAUUCGGAAUACGUUCAUGAUGGCAGUAUAUCCUAUUGCUGGCAAACAAUCGCUCCUGCUGACGAUGAGAGUGUUGAUGCUACAAGUGUGAUAUUUGCAGGAAAUAGCACAAACUGUCCGUAUACAAUAAACAUGAGUGUCUCCGAGACGACAUGUACAGUGAAUACUAUACCGUUGGUAUCUUGGAAUGUAUCGAAGAGAAAUGAUUCGACUGGAAUAAAUGGAGUGACAGCAAAUACCACAACAGUAUAUGACGCAUCCAGUGGUCAGUACGUCAACUUACCCCAAGUGAACAUUUACUACUGUACCGAAGCCAAGUGCUCGCCAUUUUCAAAGCAGAAAACUCUUGUGCAUUCAGCUCAGCCAAUGAAUUUUUCUGCAAAUGGCGAGGCUUCACUCACUUCAACAAUCAGUAUACCAAGUGAAGGAACAUACGCUUUAAUGGCACAUGCUGUCGUACCAAAUGGAGACGACAUUCGAUAUGAUGUGGCUUCAUUCAUUCAGAUGACUGUCACUGCAUCCACUGCAUUAGUUGUGACCAACGAAAGCUCUAAUUUAAACGUUGGAUUUACUGUCGGUGUUACACUUGGCUGUGUGGCACUUGUCUGUCUAGCUGCAUUAAUUUUCAUCCGAUAUCGCCGACGAUAUGGUCAACAAAAAGGACUCAAGUUUCGAUUUUUUGGCUUUCGACCAUUGUCGAACAUGAACGAGCAACCGGCAAAUUCGCCGAAUUCUAUACAUGGCUCAGAUGAGUCGGGCAACUUUAUGUAUGUAAAAGCUCAACGAUCGCCACUAGACAUGCCGCGUGCAUUCUCGUUGUCUUAUGAUCCAUCUUCUCGAACAAGUUUAGGCCACGAAAACUCGGGCUACAGUUUUACUUUAUCCGAGUCGGAUCUUCCGCGUCCUUCAUCAAUCGACAAGACAAUAUUUCCAAACUCUUGCGAUGGUUAA